CUGGUUACGCAUUCAGGAAGUUAUUUUAAAGACUAAAUUCUUUUUGAUAUUAUAAAUAUGACAUGAACUUUAAAUAAUAUACAACUGCUCUAAAAUUUUCUAGUCCCCUUUGUCGCAUCAUUGUGUCUAUGGAGAAACGCUCUCCGAUGGUGACAUAGGUAAUUUCACGAACAGACUUCAAGACGUGCGCCACGUCAGUACCUCUCAGAAGGAUACAGAUUUCGAAAACGGGAGGACGGACAGGAUUGGGUUGAGAGAUUAAACCCCUUAUCAGUUUAUUGGAAGUAAAAAUUAACCAGCGCUCAGCGCUGGCAUUUGUUUACUAAAACUCUCGGACUCCGCAGCUGGGAGUUCACAAAGCUGCAAAAAUGACAGCUUCUAAUUGGGGUCUGAUCAUGAACGUGGUCAACAGCAUCGUUGGAGUUAGCGUGCUGACUAUGCCUUUCUGCUUCAAACAGUGUGGCAUAGUGUUGGGGACUCUCUUGCUGUUCUUCUGUUCUUGGAUGACCCAUCAGUCCUGCAUGUUUCUGGUCCACUCGGCCAGCAACACCAAGCGCAGGACCUACGCAGGCUUAGCUUUUCAUGCCUAUGGAAAACCCUUUAAAGCUCUGGUUGAACUGAGUAUGAUCGGUCUGAUGUUGGGAACGUGCAUUGCCUUCUAUGUGGUCAUCGCUGAUCUGGGCUCCAAUUUCUUUGCCCAGCUGCUUGGCCUGAAGGUGACCGGCGGGUUCCGAGUUCUGCUCCUGAUGUGCGUGUCCCUGUUUGUGGUUCUGCCCCUGAGUCUGCAGCGGAACAUGAUGUCUUCCAUCCAGUCCUUCUCAGCGAUGGCCCUCAUGUUCUACACGCUCUUCAUGUUCACGAUGGUGCUGUCCUCCUUCAAGCACGGCCUGUUCUCUGGCCGUUGGCUCGAGCUGGUCCGCUACGUGCGCUGGGACGGCGUCUUUCGCUGCAUCCCCAUCUGCGGCAUGGCAUUCGCCUGUCAGUCGCAAGUUCUCCCCACCUAUGACAGUUUGGACGAGCCGUCGGUCAAGAGAAUGAGCACCAUCUUCACCUCGUCCCUCAACGUGGUCACAACCUUCUACAUCACAGUGGGAUUCUUUGGCUACGUGAGCUUCACUGACAUCAUCGCGGGUAACGUGCUGAUGAACUUCCCGUCUAACCUGGUGACGGAGAUGAUCCGCGUGGGCUUCAUGAUGUCCGUGGCCAUCGGCUUCCCCCUCAUGAUCCUGCCCUGCAGGCAGGCCAUCAACACCAUGCUGUUCGAGCAGCAGCAGAAGGACGGCACCUUUGCUGCGGGUGGCUACAUGCCCCCCCUGCGCUUCAAAGUCAUCACCCUCUGCAUCGUCUUCGGCACCAUGCUGGGGGGCAUCCUCAUCCCCAACGUGGAGACCAUCUUGGGUUUGACGGGAGCCACCAUGGGAAGUCUGAUCUGCUUCAUCUGCCCGGCGCUCAUCUACAGGAAGAUCAUGAAGAAUGGACUCGCUGCUCAGCUGGUGUUGUGGGUGGGCCUGGGCAUCCUGCUCAUCAGUACCGUGACCACCCUCUCCAUGUCUGGCGGCAACAGCACUGCACCCCCCAAACGCUUCCGGCCCCCCCCGGCCCCCAAGGGCCAAGAUCCCAUCGCCAUCAAACCCCCCGAGCUCCCCAACAUCCAGGGUACCAUCAACGGUCCAGUUCUGACCCGAGGUAAGCCAGUGAUCCCGCCUGUGAACCCUGGUGAACUGCCCAACAAGUUUAAACCACCAAUAAAGAAUCCAGUGGAGGAGCGGCCGAAACCGCCCGCUGAGGGACCGCGUCCAGCGGGGCAGGUACAAGGUGAACCCCCCCAGAUCAAGGGCCCCGUGGAGGCCCACGACGCCAAGGCCAAGGGGGCGGAGGCGCAGCUGAACCCACCUGAAGCAGGUAUCCCCCCAGGUGUGGCGGUCCCGGACGGCGAGGCCCACCGGCACGAGCCGCCCAUCCCGGAGGACGAGGUCAUGGUGGACGCGAGGAAGAACCGCGAGGAGCUCGAAGAGGAGGAGAAGCAGCAGGAGGUGCAGCAGGAGGUGGUGCAGGAGGUGCAGCAGGAGGAAGAGAAGGAGGACGAGGAGGCCCAAGGGGCCGGCCAGGAUCAGGGACUUGCAGCAGAGGAUGCUGGGAAGGCGGCAGCCGAGGAAGAGGAGGAGAAGAAGAAGAAGAAAGAGCAGGAGGUGGUCAAGGUGAAGCCUGCCCCAGUGGAGGUGAAGAAGGGCGCGCUGGACAAACAGCAGCCAGUGGUUGCCGCAGGACAUCCCAACGACGUGCUGGACAAACCCGCUCAGGCCGGCGGAGGAGGAGGAGGAGGGGAGAAGGUUCCGGAACCGGUGCUGGUCCACAAGGAGCUGCUCAAGCCCGACGGGGCCAAAGCAGGCAGCCUGGAGAAGGUCGAGGACCCGCCGGCUCUUGCUAAAAAAGAGGUGGCUCCCGUGGGCCCGGACGCGGAGCUGCAUGAGGGGGCCCAGUCCCAGGACCAGAAGGAGAAGGACGGCGCCGCGGAGGUGAAGGAGGCCAAAGAUGGCGCCCCCGGAGACGACAAGAUGGAGGUCAUUAAAAAGCUUGUUGCAGAGGGUCAGCUGGACCAUGCUGUGCUGCUGCAGGUGAUCCAGGAGCAGCAGAAGCAGCAGCAGCGUCUACUGGACCAGCAGGAGAAACUACUGGCCGUCAUCCAGGAGCAGCACAAGGAGAUCCACCAGCCGCCCAAUGCUGUCGAGGGUGAAGCUGGUGCCAAGCCUGCGGGGGAGGGAGCGGUGGAGGGUGCUGACCCAGCCGCGCAGCUCCCAGUUGGGGCAGCCGUCGUAGGCCAGCAGCCUGGAGUUCCAGAGGCCCUCAACCAGCCUGGAGGUGAAGCUGCUGCUGCUGUUGUUGGAGCAGCUCAUGUAGCGAAGCCCCCCCAGGCUGCGUACUUGGAGGACAGCGCCGCCCAAUUGCCACUAGAUGGCGCCGUGCCAGCGGCCAAACAGGAAGUGGCAGCGGCCAAACAGGAAGUGCCAGCGGCCAGAGAGCCUGAGGUGGCAGGGGCGGCGGUGCCUGCGCCGGAGGUGGUCAAGAAAGAGCUGGGCGCCCGCGGGGUGCCCUUGCGUCGACACGUGCCCGACCAACCGCUCCACCAACCCGAUCAGCAACAACAACAAGCACAACAACAGCAACAGCAACAACAACAACAACAGCAACAGCAACAGCAGCCACUGCAGCAGCAGGCGGUAGUAGCCCAAGAGGACGCCUCGCUGAAGCUGAAACUCGGCGAUCCGAGCGAACAAAAGCAGCGAGAGAACGAGGAAGUGGCGGAGCGCAAGAGGGAGAUGCUGAAGGAGCAGGUGGAGGCGGCGGAGGUGCAGCGGCGUCUGCAGAAGGAGCUGGAGGCGCAGCGCGAGGAGACGGAGCGGCUGGCGCGGGAGCGGCAGCGGCAGCAGCUGGAGGAGGAGAAGGCGCGGCUGGAGCUGGAGAAGGAGAAGGCGCAGCUGGAGCUGGAGGCCGAGCGGGCGCGGCUGGAGGCCGAGAGGCUGAGGCUGCAGCUGGACAAGGAGAAGGCGGAGCGCGAGGCCCAGGAGCUGGCCGAGGCCGAGAGGAGGAUGCGCGAGCAGCGCCUGCAGCUGGACCAGGCCAGGGCGGACGCCGCCGUGGACGCCAAGAGCGCCCGCGAGAGGAUCAACCAGGACGCGGAGAAGCCCGGAGCGGUAGGAGGAGGCGCGGGGGCCGCUAUCGGAGCUGCUGCCGUCGUUGGAGGAGGAGGAAGAGGAGGAGGAGGAGAAGGAGGUGCUCCGGGGGUCCUCGAGCCGCAGCCGGUGAAGAACGGCGGCCGCGACCUGAAGGUGAACGUGGACGACGGCCUCGCCCAGCUCUCGGAGGAGGAAGAGGAGGAGGACAAGAUGAAGAACCAGGCGCUGAGCAGGGACCACGCGGCGCCCGGCGGGAUGGACCUGAAGAGGCGGCGGCGGAGGAACGCGCGGACCGUACGGGGCGAGACCGAGGCGGGCGCGGGGGAGACGGGGGCGGUGGCCGGGCUGGAGUCGCUGCUGGACAUCAUGGGCCCACAGGACCUCCACGCCGCCCUGGAGAGCCAGCUGCUGGGGGAGACCCUCGUCCACACACGCCAGAUCAAAGAGAGCCACGCCAACGAGGAGUAG